GGGGGGGAUUGGCUGUAUCUGUGUGUGUGUGUGUGUGUGUGUGUUCUCUCCACCAACAAUGAAAAGAGAGACUCGAAGAGGAAAAUAAAUCCACGUGAAGCGGUGAGAUGACGCUGGUGCCGAUCAAGGACGGCGAGUACACGGCCACCAUCUACAAACUGAUUCGAGAUGGCAAAUAUGGAGAAGUCAUUCAUAUACUUAGUAAUGAACUACAGAAACAUUCAAAAUCUCGGGCAGCCUUGUCUCUUCUGGCUUACUGCUAUUUCCAGAUACAAGAGUUUUCCAAUGCUGCAGAUUGCUAUGAACAAUUGAUUCAAAUUCACCCAGAAGUCGAUGACUACAAACUCUACCAUGCGCAAUCUCUGUAUAAGGCCUGCAUGUAUUCAGAGGCUAUGAAGGCAACCUUCCUUAUAGACAAUCCAGCAUAUCAAACAAAGGUAUUGAAACUACAGGCUGCAAUUAAAUAUGGAGAAGAGGACCUUUCGGGAGCAAAGAGUCUAGUGGAGCAACAACCCAGUGAGGAUCCAGACACUGAGAUUAAUCUUGGAUGUCUGCUGUACAAAGAAGGACACUAUGAAGAUGCUUGCAAGAAAUUUACCACUGCUAUGCAGGUCGUAGGCUACAAACCAGAUCUGACCUACAAUAUUGCACUUUGUUACUACAGCAUGAAACAGUAUGCACCAGCCUUGAAGUAUAUAGCAGAAAUAAUAGAGCGUGGGAUCCGAGAACAUCCAGAACUCAGUGUUGGUAUGACGACUGAAGGGAUUGACGUGAGAAGUGUUGGAAAUACAUUGGUACUCCACGAAACGGCAUUAAUUGAAGCUUUUAACCUUAAAGGAGCCAUUGAGUAUCAACUAAAGAACUAUGAAGCGGCACAGGAGGCAUUGACUGACAUGCCACCACGAUCUGAAGAGGAACUUGACCCAGUCACGUUGCACAACCAAGCUCUGAUGAAUAUGGACUCUAAGCCAACUGAGGGAUUUGAGAAGCUCCAGUUCCUUUUGCAGCAGAACCCCUUUCCACCAGAAACCUUUGGCAACCUGCUUCUUCUUUACUGCAAAUAUGAAUAUUUUGACUUGGCUGCUGAUGUUUUGGCAGAAAACGCCCACCUGACGUACAAAUUCCUCACACCGUACUUGUAUGAGUUCCUCGAUGCCAUGAUAACCUGUCAGACAGCACCAGAAGAGGCAUUCCGAAAGUUUGAUGAAAUGGCAGGUAAACUGACUGAGCAGUUGCGAAAAUUAACCAAACAGGUUCAGGAGGCGAGACAUAACCGAGAUGAUGAAGCUGUCAAGAAGGCAGUAAAUGAAUAUGAUGAUGCACUUGAGAAGUAUAUUCCCGUUCUCAUGGCUCAGGCCAGAAUCUAUUGGAACCUGGAAAACUACCAAAUGGUUGAGAAGAUCUUCCGGAAGUCGGUGGAAUUCUGCAAUGAACACGACGUUUGGAAACUGAAUGUGGCUCACGUUCUCUUCAUGCAGGAGAACAAAUAUAAAGAAGCGAUUGGUUUCUAUGAACCAAUCGUGAAAAAGCAUUAUGACAACGAUUUGUACUUGAACAUGGCAAAAUUGCAGAUACUAAAUGUGAGUGCCAUUGUUCUUGCUAAUCUCUGCGUUUCUUACAUCAUGACCAGUCAAAAUGAAGAGGCAGAAGAACUGAUGAGGAAGAUUGAAAAAGAAGAAGAACAAGUGGCAUAUGAUGACCCAGAAAAAAAGAUCUAUCACCUUUGUAUUGUCAACCUUGUUAUAGGGACUUUGUAUUGCGCGAAAGGCAAUUAUGAAUUUGGUAUUUCCCGAGUGAUUAAGAGCUUGGAGCCAUACAAUAAAAAGCUCGGAACAGAUACUUGGUAUUAUGCCAAACGCUGCUUCUUGUCUUUGCUGGAGAAUAUGGCCAAACACAUGAUUAUGCUGCGGGAUACGGUUGUACAAGAAUGUAUUCAGUUCUUAGAACACUGUGAAAUUUACGGGAAGAAUGUGCUCGCUGUGAUUGAACAGCCCUUAGAAGAACAAAGACUGCACACAGGAAGGAAUACAGUCACGUACCAAGCCCGACUGUUGAAAUCACUGAUUUAUGAGAUCAUUGGGUGGAAUCAGUAAAAUCUGUUUGUUUUGCUAUAAUGGCCUGACCAAUCCAGGACUCAGUUAAGGCUAUUUCUCAAUUCAUUUUCUUUACAUAUCUGGUAAUUUGUUUUUUUUAAAAUACAUAUUUUUACGAUUUAUUCAUUUCAAGUUCCACAUGUAAUAUUUUGGAAAUGUGAUACAACUGAAAUUGUAGUUAGCUUUGUUUGUUGGUCAUUUGGAAAACAAUUUGCUUAGGGUUUACUGAAAUGCAUAUUUCUGGCAACUCCAAAUGUACAUACCUGAUGUGUUUUGAGGGGCUAUUUUGUUUUUUGGUACAAGGAAGUAACGUACAUAUCCUAUUCCGAUGUUGACAAGGCAUUUUUAUUAUUGCUAAUAUUUUAUUGAAUCAAAUGAAUACGAAACAAUAAAAAAAAUCAGC